CCUGAGCUCAAGUUAUGUUUCUAUCUCGGCUUCCUAAGUAGCUGGGACCACAGACACACAGACGUGCACCACCAUACAUGGCUAAGCUUUUGCGUUUUUGGUAGAGAUCUCCUGAAGAGAUCUCCUGAAGAGCUCAUCCCAGCCCAGCUCCCCACUGCUGCAGUGUGUGUGUGUGUGUGUGUGUGUGUGUGUGUGUGGUGGCUUCUCCAGGAGGGGAGUUUUCCUGUAGGAAUUUUUUGUUCCUGGUGCGGUGGGCAGCAGAGGGGACCGUAUUUCCUCAGGGUGAGGUCUCCUUUGUAUGUGGCAUUGUGUUUCAUGGAUGGGGUGUGUUGUUUGCAAGCAAUAAACAACAUAUUUUUAACAUUCAAGAUUGAAUUCUAAAGACUCUUGGUCCAUGAGGAAGAAACCCGGAAGACGAAGAGGAAAGCAAAGGAGUCAGGGAUGGCUCUUCCUCAGGGUCUAUUGACAUUCAGGGAUGUGGCCAUAGAAUUCUCUCAGGAGGAGUGGAAAUGCCUGGACCCUGCUCAGAGGACUCUAUACAGAGACGUGAUGGUGGAGAAUUAUAGGAACCUGGUCUCCCUGGAUAUCUCUUCCAAAUGCAUGAUGAAGACAUUGUCAUCAACAAGGCAAGGCAAUACAGAAGUGAUCCACAAAGGGACAUUACAAAGACAAGCAAGUCAUCACAUUGGAGAAUGUUGCUUCCAGGAAAUUGCGACGGAUAUUCAUGACUUUGUUUUUCAGUGGCCAGAAGAUGAAACAAAUGACCAUGAAGCACCCAUGACAGAAAUGAAAAAGUUGACAGGUAGUACAGAUCGAUGUGAUCAAAGGUUUGCUGGAAACAAGCCUAUUAAAGAUCAGCUUGGAUCAAGCUUUCAUUCACAUCUGCCUGAACUGCACAUAUUUCAGCCCAAAGGGAAAAUUGGCAAUCAAGUUGAGAAGUCUAUCAACAAUGCUUCCUCAGUUUCAACAUCCCAAAGAAUUUCUUGUAGGCCCAAAACCCACAUUUCUAAUAAGUAUGGGAAUAAUUCCCUCCAUUCUUCAUUACUCACAAAAAAACGGAAAGGAAACAUGAGAGAAAAAUCUUUCCAAUAUGUUGACAGCAGCAAAGCCUUCAAUUGUAACUCACUCUUUAAAAAACAUCAGAUAAUGCAUUUAGGAGAGAAACAGUAUAAAUGUGAUAUAUGUGGCAAGCUCUUUAAUCAGAAGCGAUACCUUGCAUGCCAUAGUAGAUGUCACAUUGGUGAGAAACCUUACAAGUGUAAUGAAUGUGGCAAGACCUUCAGUCACAAUUCAUCCCUCUUCAUUCACAAAGCACUUCAUACUGGAGAGAAACCUUAUGAAUGUGAAGAAUGUGACAAAGUUUUCAGUCGCAAAUCACACCUUGAAAGACAUAGGAGAAUUCAUACUGGAGAUAAAUCUUACAAAUGUGAAGAAUGUGACAAACUUUUCAGUCACAAAUCAUAUCUUGAAAGACAUAGGAGGAUGCAUACUGGAGAAAAACCAUACAAAUGUAAGGUUUGUGACAAGGCUUUCGUGUGUAAUUCAUAUCUGGCAAUACAUACUACAAUUCACACUGGAGAGAAACCUUACAAGUGUAUUGAAUGUGGCAAGUUUUUUAAUCAACGCUCAACCCUUGCCUACCAUCAUAGACUUCAUACUGGAGAGAAACCUUACAAAUGUGAAGAAUGCGAUAAAGUUUUCAGUCGCAAAUCACACCUUGAAAGACAUAGGAGAAUUCAUACUGGAGAGAAACCAUACAAAUGUAAGAUUUGUGACAAGGCUUUUGCAUGUAAUUCAUAUUUGGCAAUACAUAGUAUAAUUCACACUGGAGAGAAACCAUACAAGUGUAAUGAAUGUGGCAAAUUUUUUAAUCAACGAUCAACCCUUGCAGGACAUCGUAGAGUUCAUACUGGAGAGAAACCUUACAAAUGUGAAGAAUGUGACAAAGUUUUCAGUCGCAAAUCACACCUGGAAAGACAUAGGAAGAUUCAUACUGGAGAGAAACCAUAUAAAUGUAAGGUUUGUGACAAGGCUUUCCAGAGGGAUUCACACCUCGCACAACAUCAGAGAGUUCACACUGGAGAGAAACCUUACACAUGUAAUGAAUGUGGCAAGGUUUUUAGUAUAAAAGCAAACCUUGCAUGUCAUCAUAAACGUCAUAUUGGAGAGAAACCUCACAAAUGUUACAAAUGUGAAGAAUGUGAGAAAGUUUUCAGUCGCAAAUCACACCUGGAAAGACAUAGGAGGAUUCAUACUGGAGAGAAACCAUACUAUUGUAAGGUUUGUGACAAGGCUUUCUGGAGUGAGUCACACCUGGCACAACAUCAGAGAGUUCAUACUGGAGAGAAACCUUACAAGUGUACUGAGUGUGGCAAGACCUUCCAUCGGAUAUCAUCCCUUGUAAGCCAUUGUAGGCUUCAUACUGGAGAGAAACCUUACAAGUGUAAUGAAUGUGGCAAGACUUUCACUAGAAAUUCAGGCCUUGUAAUUCAUAAGGCAAUUCAUACUGGAGAGAAACCUUACAGGUUUUAAUCCAUCAACAUGGACAUCUUGCACAACAUCAGAGAGUUCAUACUGGAGAGAAACCUUACAAGUGUAAUGAGUGUGGCAAGACCUUCAGUUACACAUCAUC